AUGGCUAAUCAUUCCAAGAAUGCUACCACGAACACCACUAGCAUCGAAUGGGGCCCCUGCGACCCAGCCGUGAUCACCAACCCUGCGCUGACCUGUGCUUUCUUCGACAUCCCUCUGGACUACCAUGAUCCCUCCGCCGGGCAGGGCAGACUUGCGCUCGCCAAGAUGAACGCGACCGGCGAGCGUCGCGGCACCGCGUUCAUCAACCCGGGCGGCCCAGGGGGCUCAGGGCUAGCGACGCUGAACACCAUGGGGAGCCUCUUCAGCAGCCUUUCGGGCGGGCUCUUUGACAUCGUCAGCUGGGACCCGCGCGGGGUCGGGACGCUCACCAUACCCGGAGACAUCUUCUGCUUCGACAGCCCCGCCGAGUACGACGCGUUCUUUCAUGGGACCAUCGAGCUCACGGGCAUCGAGAUGACGGGGACCUUCUCCGACCCCGACGACGUGCGCGCGCUGCUCGCGCAGGCCCCAGGUAUGCAGGCGAAGUACGAGGAGCUCGGGCGGCGCUGCCUGCAGCAUCCGAGCGGGCGGUUCUUGCCGUAUGUGGGGACGGCGGCGACGGCGCGCGAUGUUGUUGCGAUGGCGGACGCGCUGGACGGGCCUGGGAGCUCGGUGAAUUAUUUCGGGUCGUCGUAUGGGUCGCUCCUGGGCCAGUGGCUUGUGAACAUGUUCCCUGAGCGUGCCGGACAAGUCAUCAUCGACGGUAUCAUCGAUCCGACGCUGCUUGCAAACCAAGAGACUCCGCCCAUGUGGGCAUUCCACCAGCUCGCCGACGCCGACAAGGCCUACGCAGGCUUCAUCACCGGCUGCGCGCUCGCCGGCCCCCAGGGCUGUUCGAUCUCCUCCGCUGAGGGACAUACCGCAGCGGACAUCGACACAACUAUUCAAGCCGUUCUCCAGCAGGCGCAUGAUGCCGCACGCAAGGACGCCUCUGUCCCGGUAACAUCGGCCAGCAUCCGCCAAGCUUUGUUUGCGGUAAUGCAAGCCCCUGCCGAGGCUGCGAGCUUCGCGAACACGACGUGGCCUACACUCGUCGCGGGCGUAGCGGCGGAGUCUGACGCCCAACAAUAUCUCGCCCCCCGUGGUAUGCGUUCUGUCCGACGCCAGGGCAGCGAGUUCCAGCAGAACGAGACGCGUUCUUUUACGGAGGAGGCGAUCCUGUGCGGAGACAGCAUUGACCCCCGUGGGACCAACAUGACGGAUGUGUUCGAGAUCAUCAUCUCUGCUUCGCGCAACACCUCCGAGAUGUUCAGCGCGGGGUGGCCUACUUCGUUCUACACGUGUCCGUUCUGGCCGGUGCGCGCCGUGGAGCGGUACUCGGGGCCGUUCAACAAGACGCUGGCUAACAAGGUGAUGGUCGUUGGUAACACGUUCGAUCCUCGUACCCCUCUUCCCGAAGCUGAGGCGGUGGUCGGGUUCUUGGGCGACAGUGCUACGCUUAUCCAGCAGCACGCGUUUGGGCAUACGUCUGUCUCGGAGCCGUCUCAGUGCCUCAACAGCCUCAUGUUUUUGUACUUCACGACCAACACGCUUCCAGAUGGCAACGACACGAUGUGCGAGGUGGACACAGACUUUGAGAUGUUCCCCGGGGUAAACACCCAGGCGAUCCUAGCGGCUAUGGCUUCAUAG